AUGGGGAAGGUGACGCAGGUGCACAGCGGGAGCGUCUACCAGCAGAUCUUCCAGGCCCAGGUGCAGCUGGUCCAAUCCCUAGCGGCCACGAGAAAGCGGGCAGCAGAACGUUCUAGGACCCUGAAGCAUUCUGCCAGGAAGAAAAGCUCUCUGAAGAAGGUAGAUGGGCCUGAAGAGCAGGUGCCUCCUGGGCAGCACAAGUGGAAGGCCAGCCUCCCCCGUGUCUCGACCACCAAAAACCCCAUUCUGUACAGGGAAACAGAUAAAAGCAAGAAGGAAAGAGCUGAAGAGAAUGAGAAUGCCGUGGCCGCCCGGGAAGUGCGGGGCCUCCUAGACAACAUUGUUCCAGAGAAGGCCCGCGCUGAACCCCUACAGGUGACAGAGGAUCCCAAGCGCAGGAAAUACGAGAGCUGCCUGGCCAGCUUCCAGGAGGAGAUCGCACAGAUCGGGAUGGAAAUGGAACCUCUCAUCUUGGAGACUGGAGGUGGUUUUUUGAAACAACUGUCCGAAUCUGAGGAAAGUAUCGACCAUCUCUUCACGAAGGUGGAAAAUGACAUCAACUUUGAGAACUACACCUUCCAAAUGCUGUGGGAGCUGUGGGAGAAGGUGACCACAUCAUUCCUGCAGCAGAAGCAGGGGAUAAAGAAUCUAGACGAAGCCCUGCACCUGCUGGAGUUCUCCAGGGCUGAGAAAUUGAAAAGCGUGCUGACGAAGUAUGUAGAGAUCUUGGAGAAAACGUCCUACCUCAUGAAGUUAGACGUGCAACGGCUGAUAGACCAAGAAGCCAUGAUCAUGAACCAUGCCCUGCUGGGCAACCGGAGGGCCAUUUCCCAGCUGUUCGUCAACCUGAUGGAGGCCACCCUACAGCAGGAGCUGGACACCCGCCACCGCUGGCAGGGCCUGGUGGAUGCCUGGAAAGCACUCAAGAAGGAGGCCAUGCUGCAGGAGUUCAGUGAGUUCAUGGCCAGUGAGAGCAUCCAGGCUCCUCCAGCUGUGAAAAAGGAGCUGGAUGACCUGCUGGUGACCCAGGAAGUCCUGCAGAAGAAGCGGCUGGAACACCUGUGCUCCAUCUGUGACCUCUUGCCCCCCACUUAUAACAAGGACCGCCUGGACGAGUGGCACUCCUCUCUCAACUCCCUGAACAAGCAGCUCGACACCUACCACAUGGAGAGUGGGAUGCGGCUCCGUCUACUCUAUGAGAAGACCUGGCAGGAAUGCCUGGUUCGGGUGCAGGAUUGCAAGAAGCAGCUACUAGACUGGAAAGCCUUCAGCGAGGCAGAGGCGGAGAGCGUGGUGAGCCCAACCUUCUUCCACAUGGUGGGAACGCUCCAGCGAAAGAUGGAGAAGAAGCUGGAGCUCUUGGAUAAAUCCUUUGAGGCCCUGGCCAAGCAGACAGAGCGGCAGAGUUCAGAUCUCUUCAGCUACUUCCAAGAAGCCGUGCAGCUAUGGGAGAAGUGCCAGAACACGCUGCUGCAGCAGGAGGUGGAGCUGGAGAAGAGGAUGGAGCAGCGGCGGCAGAAGCAUAAUCAGGAGAGUCAGGUGCAGGAAGCUCACCUCGAUAGGCUCGUGGACCAACUGAGGCAGCAAAGCCAUGAAGAAACAUUGAAGAUAUACCUGAACAAGGCCAGGCAUUGUCUAAAGACCAUGAAAUCCAGGUACAAAUGUUUUCACAACCUCCUGACAAAGGAAGUGAUGGCCUACCCAAGGAUCAUACUGAAAGAGCUCAAUUCCUACAGCUCCAAACUCAGCCAACACUUCUUCGUCCGGGAAGUCUUUGAACAGAACUUGGCUGGAGAAGUCAUUUUCAAGGUCAGGGAACCAGGAGCCCAUGAGAAGCUCUUCAUGAAGAGAAAGAGAAGACUGUGGAUGAAGCUAAUGGCAAGCAAGGAACCAAAUGCAGGAGAGGAAAGCAAAAGGCAAGUGGCAAGUCCUGAGAAGCCAGUGGAAGAGCUGGAGGAGGAGGUCCUGGAAGUGGCGUCCUCUGUCACCGAGGAGGCACAGAGCCCACAGCAGAAGUCUGGCCUGAGUGAUGCUGUGGAUGAGUCUGGGGAGGACUCUGUGAGAGAAGCAGAGGAAACACAGGUUGAGCGGGAAGCAAACUCACCCCCAGGCCAGGAAAAAGAGAAGCUUCCAGAAAAAAAACAGAAUGAGGCAGAUGAAGAGGAAGAGGAAGAAGAAGAGGAGGAGGAGGAGGCAUUAGUGGAGGAAGAGGAGAAUGAACAAGAGGAAGGAGUGCAGGAAGAGUAUGAGAGCUUAUUGGUGGAAGAGGCUGAGGACAAGGAAGGCAGUGCUGAGGAAAUGCCCUGCAAAGAUCUGGAGUCCUUUACUACCGCCAGUGGAAACACAUACUUCCUGUUCGUGUCUCUGGAGGAGGAAGAACAAAGCUGUCAGAAGCCCCACUCCAACUUCUUAGCCAGGCUCAUCAAUGACACUUCCAGCACCAAGUUCAUAGAACAAGUGAUCAUUCCAUCCCAGCUAAUCUUAGAGAUUAAGAAACAACUUCGAACCGGCUUCUUCGAGCACCUUGAGAAGUGGUUUGACCAGUGUUCCCUCAACGCUCAGAUCAUGGUGGCCACCAAGAUUGACAGUCUGGAUUCCGAACUGGAGCUGCGCCUGCACCUGCACCAGCCGAGGUUCCAGCACAUUGAGAAGGACAUCCACAAUGUCAGGGCAGCUGAGCUGUUGCUUCACCAAGAGCGCCUGAAUCGCCACUGUGCUGGUGUUAUGGAAAUGCUGAAGAAGGAGAACCUCAUGUUCUUCCAAUUCCAAGAAGAGCAAAACACCAGGAGCAGAAUCUUCCGCCGCCGGAUCUAUGACAUGGAGCAUAUCUUCCUGAAUGCCAGUAGGAGCCAAAAGCUGGUUGCACUGAGCAGCACUCUGCACCAGGAGCUCCUCAGCUAUGUCGAUGUCAUCCAAGUGUCCCUGCGUAGCUUCCGGCAGUACCUAGAGGAGAAUCUGGGCAAACUCCGCUGCACCAACAUUGAGUUCAUCAAGCACUGCAGAUUGUUUUCAGAAGGAGGAAACUUUUCUUCUGAAGAAAUUGACUUACUGUUCCGCCGGCUGGAGAAGGAGGCUGCCCGCAUAGAGUUUGUUGAAAGCUUAAUUGCAAUCAAUAUGGAGAAGAUGGAGAGCGAGUACCUGGACCAGGCCAAUGAUGUCAUCAACAAAUUUGAAAGUAAAUUUCACAACCUAUCUGUGGACCUUAUUUUCUUAGAGAAAAUCCAGCGAUUGAUAACGAAUCUGCAGGUGAACAUAAAAUGCCAGGUGGCGAAAUCCAACUUGCAAACAGAUAGGUUGAAUUAUUCUCUGGAACAGCUGGAACGCAAGAUAGAAAGUUGCCAGAACUCCAAGGGAGACAAAACAACUGUGACCACAGAAGAACUCCUUGGCCUUGUCCAAAGCUGGAAAGAGAAGGUGAGCCAAAGGAUCAGGUACCUCAACUGCAGCCCGGACGCAACAUCUGUGACUCAAGUGGUCUUUACUGACUGCAACCUCAUGGACAUGGAGUUGGACAGUGAAGUGCAGAUAUCUUCUGAAGCUCACGAGGAAGAGGCCAGGGCCGAAGCUGUCACGCCUGAGUCCUUGGCACAGCCCAGCCGCAUGGGAAAGCCCAUGAUUGAAGACCCCGCUGUGGAGGUGGUCAGGAAGAUCCUGCAACUUUGCAACAUGAAAUCAACACAACAGUGUGACAAAGAUCGGUCCCAGACAGGCUUGAAGCGACAUCGAUACCGGGGAGAACACCCCAUGAGGAAGGCCUUGUCUGUCGUCAGUGCCACCUCUGUAGGCAGCAUCACCCGGCACUCCAAGCCCAACAGAAUGGACAAGAAGUACCAGGUGCUAGGAGACAAACCUCCACCUCUGGCUGAGGACUUUAAAGGGAUCAUCUCAACUCUCCUGUGGGAGAGCAACGAGCACCUGCUGACUAUCGUGGAGGAAUUUUACAGGAAGGAGAAACGCGCGAUCAUCAGGCCUGACUGCACGUACGAGAACUUUGAUCAGUGUGCCGAGAGCAUCAACAAGAAGAUUCUGGAGUACCAGAGCCAAACGGAUGAGUACCACAACUCCUGCCUCAUGGAAUUAAAAGUACAAAUGAAGAAAUUUGAAGAACUGCUGCCUCAGGUGUGCUGGCUGGUGAUGGAGAACUUCAAGGACCAUCACUGGCAUAAAUUUUGCACAUCUGUCAAUGAUAUUCAGGCCAAGUUCAAGGAGCAGCAGAAGCAGCUGGAGAAGAGGAAGGAUGAAAAUGCCCAGAAGCUCCAUCCAAACCUUGGCCAUCCCACCUUGUUCCAAAAAAUGGAAUCCCUGCACCUGAUGGAAAAGAAGAGGCAGGAUGAACUGGAUACCACCAUUAGGAUAACCAGGGAGAGGCUGGAGGACUGCACCAGGAAGUGUGGCCGCAUCUUCAUAACCAACUUGGCCGCCUUCACAGAGAAGCUGCUGCUGCAGCUGGACGAAGUCAUCACCAUGGAUGACAUCCAGGUCGCAAAGAUGGAGCACCCCAGGCAGAAAACGUCCAUCCUCAUUCGAAGGAAACUGGCAGGACUCCCUCUGGAGGAGGAGAGUGAGAAGCCCCUGAUUGAGCGUGGGAGCAGGAAGUGGCCGGGCAUAAAGCCCACUCAAGUCACCACCCAGCACAAGCUUCUCUCUCGGAAAACAGCCUGCAUCACCACCAACAAGACCACCCUGGGCCACCUGGCGGCCGUGGAAGCCCGAGAUGCUAUGUACUUGAAAUACUUAGCCUUGUUUGAGAAGGAACUGAAGAAGAUCCAGACUGAGAACCUGACCCAGGUGAGGGAAGCCCAGCGCUGGAAGGACUGCUGGAAACGCUCCCUGCACACCAUCCAGGGCCUAUACUUGUGA